AUAAGAAACCGAUUUUACUUCCAUCUUCAACCGUUCUCGUUCUCCCAAGUCAAAUCCAGUUUACUUAGUGAUAGAAAUUAUUGAUUAUUGUUAUUACUAUUAAUAUUUUAUUAAUGGAGAUUCCAUGCUCGAGAAAAGAGCAAUGAGUGUUUUUGAAGGCACGGACCCCACUAGGGUGCUGAGGCUUGCCCUUUGAGAUGCCAAAGCCAUUAAUGUUACACAUUGUCCCAUGUCCCAAAAUUAAAACUUUCCACACACAUGCUUGCAUUUAGAGGAGUCAAUGCUUUCUAUUUAACCAAAAUGUUACUAUUUGUACUUUUUCUUUGAUGGGUUUGAGUGGUUUUUGUUUAGCCCCUUCUGUCUCCGUUAGUUUGGUUUAGGCCUUUUCCUUUUGUUUGUUUGUUUGUUAGGGGUAGAGAACUGGGUUGUUGACCUAAACUAAGUGGUGAUAAGGAAUUUAGGUUUCUGGGAUCGAUUUUUAUUUUUGGGGAAGUGGGUGUUUGUGUUUUGUUGUACCCUACCAAUAGUGGAGUGGUUCUAGGGUUUUUGAGGUGGUGGUGUUAUAUUGAUUGAAUCUUGUGGUGGAUUCCGCCUUUGGGUUUGUUUGGGUGCUGGAAAUUCUGAUAAAGGCUGUCUCUUUUGAGGAAGGGCAUGGAAAAAAACUGCAUUGUGAAUCAAUUUCGUGGAGGGUGAAUUUGAGGCCAAGUUGUGCUGCGUGGUACAGUGUUUGUGAAGGGUUUGAUUGUGUUUCAAAUUCAAUUGGUGUUAGAUCUGUUCUUCACUUGGUUUUGUUCAUCAAUUGUUGUCUCUUUUGAGGAUUCGAGUAAAUGGCCUGCGUGAAACUGGGUUCCAAAGCUGAUGCUUUUCAGCGUCAAGGGCAGGCCUGGUUCUGUACUACUGGACUUCCUAGUGAUAUAGUUGUUGAAGUUGGAGAGAUGUCCUUCCAUCUUCACAAGUUUCCUUUGCUCUCUAGAAGUGGGGUUCUGGAAAGAAUGAUCGCCGAGGCUUCUGAAUCAGAGGAAGAAUGCGCAAUAUCACUCGGUGACAUUCCUGGUGGUGCCAAAACAUUUGAACUCGUGGCAAAAUUCUGCUAUGGGGUGAAACUUGAACUUACUGCAUCAAAUGUUGUGUACCUGUGGUGUGCUGCAGAGCGUCUAGAAAUGACCGAGGAAUAUGGUGAAGGUAAUCUAAUUUCACAAGCUGAAACCUUUUUCAAUCAAGUGGUCCUCCGCAGUUGGAAAGACUCUCUGAGGGCACUUGAAACCUGUGACGAUGUUUUGGCCUAUGCUGAAGAGCUCCACAUUGUGAAAAGAUGCAUCGAGUCACUAGCAGCGAAGGCAUCUACUGACCCAAAUUUAUUUGGGUGGCCGGUGCUGGAGCGUGGUGGUCCUUUGCAGAGCCCUGGUGGUAGUGUUUUGUGGAAUGGAAUAAGUACUGGUGCAAGACCAAAAAAUUCAAGUGCAGAUUGGUGGUAUGAAGAUGUGUCAAAUUUGAGUUUUCCACUUUAUAAGAGAUUAGUAGCUGUCAUGGAAUCGAGGGGCAUUAGGCAGGAGAUUAUUGCUGGUUCUCUUGCUUUCUAUGCUAAAACAUAUCUGCCUAUGCUAAACCGACGCCAGGUUUCCGGUGAGUCCAGCACCCGGCUGACACAGGGAGCCAUGGGGUCUCCACUGUCUGAAGAUGACCAGAAGAUUCUACUGGAAGAGAUUGAUGGUUUGCUCCCUAUGCAGAAGGACCUGGUCCAAACAAAGUUCUUGUUUGGUCUACUUCGAACGGCCAUGAUUCUACGAGUGAGCCCUUCUUGCAUAUCUAAUUUGGAGAAACGGAUCGGCAUGCAGCUUGACCAAGCUACUCUAGAAGAUCUCUUAAUGCCAAAUUUCUCAUACUCCAUGGAGACACUUUACAAUGUUGACUGUGUGCAAAGAAUUCUUGACCAUUUCCUUGCCAUGGAUCAGGUUACUGGUGGUGCCUCUCCAUGCUCGAUCGACGAUGGUCAAUUGAUCGGAUCACCUUCAUUAACACCAAUCACCAUGGUAGCCAAGUUGAUUGAUGGUUACCUUGCAGAGGUUGCCCCAGAUAUCAACUUAAAACUUCCAAAGUUUCAGGCCCUUGCCGCAGCAGUUCCAGAGUAUGCUAGGCCUUUGGAUGAUGGUUUAUAUCGUGCAUUAGAUAUUUACUUGAAGUCUCACCCAUGGUUGGUGGAGUCUGAGAGAGAGCAGCUAUGUAGGCUGAUGGAUUGCCAGAAGCUCUCAUUAGAGGCAUGCACGCAUGCGGCGCAGAACGAGAGGCUACCGAUCAGAAUAAUUUUUCAAGUUCUAUUUUUUGAGCAGCUCCAGCUACGAACUUCCAUAGCCGGUUGCUUUCUAGUUUCAGAUAAUCUGGAUGGAUCGAGGCAGCUGAGAAGCGGGCUUGUGGGAUCAACGGACGGUGGCUGGGCGUCGGCGGUGAAGGAAAAUCAGGUUUUGAAAGUGGGAAUGGAUAACAUGAGGAUGAGGGUGUCUGAGCUGGAGAAGGAGUGUUCAAACAUGAGGCAGGAAAUUGAGAAAUUGGGUCGUUCAAAGGGAUCAAGCGCAUGGGGAACUGUUUCUAAGAAACUUGGGUUCAAGAUGAAGUCUCAGAUGUGUAGUGCUCAAGAAGGGUCAGUUAGCAACCAGAACAACAACGGAAAUAGUAAGGUUGAGAAGUUGAAGGAAAGACAUGUAAAACACAAGAAAAGUUCUUCUAUCAGUGACAAGGCAUCAGUGUCUUCAAUUGUUCAUUCAUAGUGUCUAAAUCUUAAUCUUACUGUGUCAUAUUGACUAAUCAAUUUCUUGGCCCCUGCUUCUCAUUCAAAUGUAACUCAGAUGGAAACACAUGUCUCUGUAUUGUGUAAACCGUAGAUUUAGCUUGGUUUAUUUAUUUUUCAUUUGUCCCACUACAUAUGCAUAUAAAGUUUCCAUGCACAUUCUGUUUCCUACUUCUCCAAAAUAUUCCUUGAGUAAUCAACAUGUGCUUCUGAUA